AUGGCGGGAUCUCCGAAUCUUUACGCAUUCCUUGACACGGACACUCUUGCAAAGCAUCUUCGGAAGUAUGUUUUGCAAUCUCAGAACAUAGCCAUCGCCAGGCAUGACGUUUUCCGCGUAGCUGUCUCUGGCGGCUCGCUGCCCGCCAUCCUGGCUAAAGCGCUCCUCGCCCCCAGCGACGGCAGUGACGAAGACACCCCCCGUUUUUCCACCUGGGAUAUCUUCUUCGCCGACGAGCGAGUCGUACCGCUCGACCACGAAGAUAGCAAUUACCGCCUCGUGAAAGCUGAGCUAAUCGAUAAGAUCCCCGCAGAGCUGGGAACGCCCAAAGUCCACCCAAUCGAUGUUACGCAUAUCAACGACGAUGAUCCGCAGGAAGUGGCAGACCAGUAUCAGGAAGAGCUGAUGCGCUCCUUCGCCGCCAAGGAUAGCGUGAAGUUACCCGUUUUCGACCUCCUGCUGCUCGGCUGCGGCCCAGAUGGGCAUACCUGCAGUCUGUUCCCUGACCACGAACUCCUCCGCGAAUCAGAUGCCUGGGUCGCUCCGAUUUCGGAUUCGCCCAAGCCCCCACCUAAACGCAUCACGCUCACCUUGCCUGUUGUUACACACGGACUGAGAAUUGCGUUUGUGGCGACGGGUGCUGGGAAGAAAGAGAUCAUGAAGAAGAUCUUUGAUACAGAGGAAGGGCGGAGUCUCCCGUGCGCAUUGGUGAAUACGGCCGGUGCAGAGAAAGUAAGCUGGUUUACGGAUACUCCGGCUAUUGAGGGGAUUGCGUUUCCUUCGAAGGGGAAUCUUUGA